UGUAAAAAUAAUCCCUUAGCGUGAUAAACAUCGUAUCACUCACGCCUUCGCGAAAUCUACCUCAAUAUCAGGGGGAUUAUUCUGGAUUAUUUAGAUACUGAUAUAGAUAGAUAUGUAAUAUUAUCAUACACUAUAUAAUAGACUUUGUGGAAAAUUUGAGAUUGUUGACAUGUGAUAACUGAAUUGUUAAAACGAUUUUGUUAUUUAAAUGCCUGUGGCUAAAAAAAGGCUGAAAUCUGAGACGGGAAACGCUUAACAGAACAUGACCACGAUGCUUGGGGAUCCGCACGCAUUUGGGGGAACACCCUUGGCCAUGCUGGCUGCCCAGUGUAACAAAAUCUCUGCCAAACAACAGUCCCAACUCACAGGCUCAGAGAUGCACAAGAGUUUUCAUCCGUGGAAAAAGCCCAUAUCAGCUAUGGAAGCACCCAACCCAUUAUCGUUAACGUCACAACGAAUGUCCAGUUUUAAUUCGCCAAUGGCGAUGACGUCAUCAGGAUUCAACUACUCAAGAAGUAAUACACUUCAAAGUUGUUCAGGGGCAUAUGGCAGUGACCUAUUUUAUCCAACAAGUACGGGAAAUUCCUACGCACAUUCACAACAAUUAGAAAGUUGUCAAUCGGCAUUGUCGCAAAAGAUGUACAGUGAUUCGAAUGCGAAUUUAGGAAAUGUUUACUCAAGAGUCCCGAAUGGAUCUCUAUAUGAUUCAUGGUCCUCGUAUAUCCCAAGUGCUAACUCUCAUAGCUUGAAGUCUGAUAUUUCCAGUUCUAUGAAUGCCCCAGCAUCGUGGUGGGAUAUGCAUUCAAACCCCUCAAACUGGCUUUCUGACAUCAGCGGCUCAGCAAACAGUGUUCACUCACAAUUAUCCGGAUCUAACUAUCCGAAUACUGAUUCACUAAAUGCAUUCGGACAUGCCUUUGGUUCAAACGGGUCUACGUUUCCACAUUUACUGCAAGAAACUUACAAAUCUAUUCUACCUUCAAACAGUGAUAUUGCAGCUUCGUCUAUGAAUCCUUUCGCGUUGUCAAGAACCCCUACGAUGUCAUCUCUAAGCUCAUCAAGGUCACAGAGACGCUAUACAGGAAGAGCAACAUGUGAUUGUCCCAAUUGCCAGGACGCAGAGCGUCUCGGUCCUUCAGGCGCUCACUUACGGAAGAAGAAUCUUCACAAUUGCCACAUACCCGGAUGUGGCAAAGUCUACGGGAAAACCUCACAUUUGAAGGCACAUCUACGAUGGCAUACUGGAGAACGUCCCUUCGUCUGCAACUGGUUGUUUUGUGGCAAACGUUUUACACGCUCUGAUGAACUUCAACGCCAUUUACGAACUCAUACGGGCGAAAAACGCUUUGCUUGUCCUACUUGUAACAAGCGGUUCAUGCGCAGUGAUCAUUUGAGUAAGCACGUCAAAACACAUAACAAUGAUAAACAAAAAUCACUGAGCGGAAGUGACUCAGAAAACAGCCAGGAUGUGAAUGGGAACUCUCCGUCCAAAAAUAGUAACAAAACGUCACCAGUUAAACCUGACUGAAAUGUUGACAAAAUUGUGACAAAAAUGUUUUAUUCAUGUGCGGUUUAACCGCUCAGCAGUGUCUUUGCUUUACAGCAGAUUAGCAACAGUAUUAGCUAGCAAAACAUCGUCCAUUUUUUGUUUUAUAUAACUCGCAAUAAUUUUCAUGUCCAUGAACUUUUGUAUACAUGUAUGCAUUAUGACAUGUCAGAGACGUGUGUUUGUGUUAUUACUAUAUGUCUGGUUAUUUCUAGCAACAAGUGCCAUUUAAUUAUAUAUUAAUGCCUAUUUCAACCGCUUUUUGAUUAAGUGUCGCCUUACAUACAUUGACAAAUAUUAACAUUUGUGAUAAUAUAUUGUGCCUGACCCAGUUGAAACUAUUGCAGCUCGUUAGAAGUCGUAAAACUAAUUUAUUGAAACCUUGCACCAUGCAGUAAUGCUCAAGUCUUGUCUUUUUAAGACCCCACUUGGAACAGCGGAAGUACCGCGAUAGGGAUGAAAGUAGAGCAUAUAUGACAAGGCUGUAAAAUUAUCAUAAAACACGUGACAAUUCAUGAGGCACUCAUAUUAAAUUUGAAACAGGUUUCCUUGCUAAAAAAAUGUGGGAUCAGUGUUGCAGAAGUAUGGGUAUAUUUGGAUCAAAAUCAACAUUAUUAUGAAAGAGACAUAUUAAUAAUAUCUGUCAUGUGUUCCCGUUCCAGAUAGAAAAAUCCGACCCGAGGGCACCUGCGUUGCCAGGUAACGAGGCUUGCCGAGUUACCGGCUACGCAGCGUGCCCGAGGGUCGGAUUUUUCUAUCCGGAACGGACACACAUGAUAGAUAUUUUUUCUAGCAUACCUUUAAUUACAUUUUUUGUGAAGAAAAUACAUAAAAAGCGCGUUUUUGUACAUUUUACCAAAAAGCGCGUGCGAUGAUGUUGACUGACGUCAUGACACACAGUAAUUUGUAUUCACCGCAUACAUCAAUAAGUUCCUUCGAUAUCACGUCUUUUAAGGGUUAUUUUGUUUUGUUUUUAAGGAAUAUUUUUGUAAAGUUAAUGUUAAUCGAACUCAUCUAUUGAAAUCUCAUAACUAUGGUUAAAUUUAGUGUUUAAUAAAAGAAAAUGAAAGUAUUACGUCACAGCGCGUGACUCAUCUGGCAUGGGGGAUGCCAGAUGGAGUUUUCCAGCACGGCUGAAUUCACCGAAAAUGCCUAUCCGGUGUGCUAGAAUAAUAUAUUUGUUCAUACUUAAGUGUAUAAUGUUGAUUUAAUUCAUAAUGCAUUUUUGGACCACUCUGUGAGUGAGACCCUGAGACGUGCAGUAGCGCACCAAUUUUUUAGCCCAGAUUUUUGCUGGACUAUUUAAUGUAACCUGUCUGUUUUCAGUGAAAACAGCAUGAAAAAUAUAUCUUCAGUAUAAAGAUUACACAGCUAAUGUCUUCAGAACUCUGUCAACAUAUCUGAGUGAAUUUUGAGCAACGUUAAGUACAUGUAGUUGUAGGAAAAAUGAUACACGUGCAACUUAAAAAAAGUUUAAAAAUAACAUCAUGUAGGUCAAAAAAAAUGUUUUUAACGGACUAGAUCGUUUGAUGUCGGACAAAAUGUAAAUGUGUAGGGAUGACAUCUAUAUUGAAACAUGAAUUAUCGCAGUAAUAAGAAUAUAACUGUGAAAGGUAAUGGAUAUAUUACCUUAUUUCCAUAUCAAAAUUAUGUUUGGUUUUUCAUGACUGUACAUGUUCACUAAACUCAACUGUUAAGAACUAUACAAAUAUACUAGUGCCAUAUGGGGAAAGUGUUUUAUAUUUGAGCCCUUGUGGGCAAUGUUUGAAAACAGUGUUUGUAGUACGUGACGUUGAGGAAAUGCUAGAAAAAGUGGGUGGACAAAUUAUAUGGGCAAACAAACCUACAUAAAAUACGUACUUGAAAUAUUUCGUAGCAAGUCCAUGUUCCAGUAACUUUUUAUUAAGCUAAGAAAUUGUUGCUAAAUUGCUGAAAACUAGUAUUUAGUUUUUGACUCUUCCUAAACAUGUACAGUAACUGCAGUUCACAUGCAUGUUUGUUAAUUGAAAACAUUUUAAAUCUGCGGACAUAAUCAAAUGAAUUCAUUUGAAAGGAAAAUCUGCUCAUUCAGUUAUAUUAUUUAUAUCUUUAAAAUUGAUUUUACUGGAGUGCCUUGAUUAAGAGCAAAACUUAUCUUUUUGCAUGUGCUAUUAUACUUAUAGUAGUUAUGUUUAUCAUAUAACAAUGUAUCUCUCAAACUGUUUUGUUAUGAAGUUCGGAAAGUAAAGUCAAGAACAUAU